UUCCAUAGUGUCACGCCACGCACGGCCUUCGAUUCCUUACCUACAAACGACCACCGGACAUCUUUUUCAAUCUCACACGAAACAAGAUGAUCUCUCUCGUCGUCCUGCUCGUAGCUCUCUUCUCUGUGGAGGCUAAACACUUGGUUUACAGAGACUGCAACAGUAGUCCCAACAAAAUUGCCCAUGUCACCUCAGCUCACUUGAACCCUUUCCCCGUGGUUGUACCCGGAGAUUUGACAGGAGAUAUUGUUGUCCAAGCCCCUAGGUUGGUGGAGGGGAACCACUACAAGCUAGAUGUCCACAUCCAGAAGCACGCUUUAUUCUGGAUCACUGUUCCAUGCAUCUCAAACGUUGGAAGCUGUUCCUAUAACUUAUGCGAUCUCCUCGGACCUAACACCACAGAAUGUGCCCCUCAACUGAAAUCUCAGAACCUGCCAUGCCAUUGCCCCUUCCAACCCGGAACCUACACCUUACAACCAGCUACCUUCAAAGUCCCCGAAAUGAGCGGCAUAUGGUCUUGGUUGGCCUCUGGUGACUAUCGCGUGGACGCUAAAAUCACUGAUACAAAUACCGGAGAAGAGGUUGCUUGUUAUCACGUGGAGGUUUCCGCCACCCAGCCCCCAUGUAGCGGCUUCCUCUGUAACAUUUUUGGUUAAAAUGGUUAACAAAAAAUAAAUUUUUCAAGUUGAAGGUAACACAGAAACAA